AUGUUUUUUGUGUUGCUCUCUCUCUCUCUCUUUGUUUCGGCUACCAAUCACUUUUAUUUCCUUGAACUUUUCAUGGGGUUUGCAAGUGAUGUCUCUACCUUUUUGCCAUUUCAUUUUUGAACCCAACUUUCUACUCUACAACGUGCUUACACAUGUUCAAAUCUUAUCUAAUAUUAAGUAAAAAUUUAUAGAGAAGAUGGGUGGUUUAGCAUUGGACAAAGGUGGCAGCUUUGGUGUCUUUGCACAGAUCCCUUCACUUCCUUGGCCUAUGGUUCACCAUCAUAUUGCGGGUUUAUAUGAUGGACGUUGUCUCUUGUCUCACUAAAAUAUCAAGUUCAUAAGCACGACAAGUGCUUGCUUAAAUGCCUAAGUGAACAUUUCUAACUGUGCUUUACAACCUUAUCUCAAAGGUCUGUAAUGUUGUUAUUGUUUUUCUUUUAGGGAUACAGGAAACUUGAUCAUAUGUUAUAUGUUUGAGGAUGUUUGGAUACAAGCUUAGAAGAGUUUUUGUAAGUUUCUCUAUUGAAAAAUUUUCAGUAGAGAAACCCUCAAAACUGCUUUUAAUUUGUAUUCAAAUAGACUCUUUAUAUUCUUUGGUUGUAUGGUUUUGGGUGAAAUUACAAGUCACAACAGCUUUCGGUUUACAUUCUGAGAUCUUGUGCUGGUGUUGUUGUUGCCCAGUCUAUUUGCCAUCACAACCUUCAUGCACUGAAGCACACACCCUAUGUGAACUAUAAAGCUUAGCCUGUCUCUGAGUGUUUAGGGAAGAGAAUUCACAGUUACACUGCUUCAAAAACCAACUUUUGCUGUUGCAAUUAUGAGUAUCAUUCCUGUGUAUACAAAGCGGGGAAGAUGCAUUUUUAGGUUUGACUGAGACUUAAUAUCUGGAAUCAAUUGUUGAUUCCAUGUGAAUCUUUGGAUCAAAGUCUAUUGAAUUGUGUUCUUUUCUACAUGUGAGGGAAACACAUAUGCUUGGGUUUUAGGUGGAGGCUGGCAUCAGUUUUGUAUGGCGAUGGCAUGGGUCGGAUUCUAGUCUCCACAGUAUUGCUGUUUGUCUAAAAUGUGAAAACUGAAAAUUCAAUCCUGAUGUGAGAACUGUGUCAUUGUCGCUUUAGAUCUACAGUCUGGGUCAUAAUGGUUGUUUUUUUGGAUGCAAUCAACUUCUAAAUUAUGCAUUGAUAUGCUUAUGCAAAUGCUAGGUAACAAAGUUGCAAUGGCGUCCUGUUACUUCAAUCCUAUCCCUAUUAGCUCUCAGCUCAUUUCUGCAGAUUUAUCUAGAAAAUUCAAGAUUCCAAAGCUUCUUCACAAGCAGAAAAAGAGGUUUGAUGGUUCACCUAGAUCCUCAAAAAUUACUGCAUUUUAUGGCCUGAAGACACCUCCUUAUGAACUUGAUGCCUUAGAGCCAUAUAUGAGUAAGAGGACAAUUGACAUGCACUGGGGUGAAUAUCAUCGGAAUUUUAUAGAAGGUUUGAACAAACAGCUAGAAAAGGAUGAUAUACUAUAUGGUUACACCUUGGAUGAACUAGUCAAAGUGACAUACAACAAUGGGAAUCCGUUCCCCGAAUUCAACAAUGCAGCUGAGGUACUUAUUAGAUUGAUUGCUCUCUGGCUUGGAUCAUUUUAAAUUGAUUAUGAAAUUGCUCCCUUAUUCAUAAAACUAUUCAAAAUGCUCCGGUGUAUAUUAUAUAGUAAAAUUAGAUAUACACAAUGUGGACAAUAUUAACCAUCCCCAAAGAUUUGCAGAAUCACACUCAUCUAUCAUCUUUCUUCAGAAAUUACACCCACUUUCUUUAUUUAUUUAUUUUUGUCUCUAUGCAAGGCUGUUGUAUAAUGGUAUAUUAUGACUGAAAAAGAAAAGUUGAAGAGGUCAGGUGAGAUUAGUUUAGAUAAAUCUCAAGUAAAUGUAAUGUACUCCAAGUUAUUUUUAUUCAAAGAAAUAAACAGAAAUUUUAUUGUUGGGGAAUAUAACUAUAUGAAAUUAUAUAUAUCAAGCAAUGGUAUAAUAAUUGAUUACAUGUAUUCAAUGUGAGAGUGAAUCUUCGUAAUACAUAAAUAAAGGGAAAUAUUUAAUUUAACACUUUCAAAGUGUAAAAUUUCAUCUUUUAGCUUCAAAAGUUUGUGUGUUUGGAAUCAAAUCCAUAAUGAGGAUCAUUACUCUCUCUCCUCAUCUAACAAAAACAACAAGGAGUAGCUUCUCCAUCAAUUGAACCUAUUUGAUGUGAUUUUUAUUGUUGAUGGGAUUUUAUGAUGUUCCAAAGAUGCUCUUAUAGAGGGCUUCAUUAUUCUGAAAUACUAGGAUAAUAUUGGCUUUAUCACAAGAUAGGGACAAUAUUUUGACAUGUUACUGGCCUAUUGCUAUAGAAUAGGAACUGAACAUGACAAUUAUUACUUAUAAAACUUCAAUAUCUUUGAGGGUGGGUACCCAGUACCCAAUGCACAGUUUUUCUUAAUUCCAACCU